CGUGGGUGAAUGAAGGGCAUUGUACCUCAAAAGCAUGGCUUGAUAUAAUCCUCGCAAAUUGGUAAUGCGCCCGGCCGCCAUGUUGAUGACGUAAUCGAAUCGAUCACUCAGUACCGUUAGCAACACUGGCCGGCGUGUACGCGUACCGAGUUGUGAUUCUGACAACGCACUAUUUUAUUAUUUUGUUUCUUGUUAUUUCGUUUUGUUUGUUGCUUUUGUUGUUAAGUUUUAUUGUUAUUUUUAUUGUUGUGUUAAAAUGAGUAGAAAAGUACUGCAUAGUCGUGCUCGAGAAAUCAUUAAUAAAGUGGACGAUUACUUUGAAAAAGAAAAGGAUGACACUAAAAUACUACUUCAAACUGUAACCCGAGCCCUCAAAAACGCACCGGACACUAGUGAAAAUAUUGAUAUUCCGAAACAAACUGUAUUAGAUAUAUUAAAACACUUACAAAAUACCACCAAGGUCACGCAGCGUGUAUUAAGCGCUACAGGGAUAGCAAAAAACACAAUGGCCAAAUUAAGGCGCGAAAAAGAAACGGCUGUGGCUAGUGGCAGUAAAAUUAAAACACCAAUUAAAAAAAAGAGAGGCAAGUUUUUAGAUUCAUUUGCAUUAUCUGCAAUGAGAAAUAUCAUUAAUUCAAUGUACACAGUCCGCAAAGAAAUACCUACUAUGCGCAAAAUUAUGGCUGCUGCCAGACAAGAUUUAGAUUAUAAAGCAAGUGAGACUACAUUACGUAACCUAAUGAAAAACUGUCUCGGCUAUAAAUUCAAGAAAUGUUAUCAAAAAAGAUUACAUUUGAUUGAAAGACCGAAUAUUCAAGCAUGGAGAGCUAAGUAUUUGCGCCGGAUGAAGCAAAACGACUCUCUUGGCUCUGACAAAAAAACAGUUUUUUAUAUAGAUGAGACCUGGAUCCACGCCCAUUAUACUGUGAAAAGCUGUUGGCAAUCGGCUACGGAUGUUGGAGUGAAAAAAAAUGAUAGUCCAGGUCGCCGGUGGAUAAUAGUUCACGCAGGAAGUGAAUCUGGGUUUGUGGAAGGAUCACUGUUGAUGUUUAAAGCAAAGACAAAAACCGGUGAUUAUCACGAUGAAAUGAAUGCUGAAAAUUUUACCAAAUGGAUGCAGGAGAAACUUAUACCGAAUAUACCCCCCAACAGCAUUAUUGUCAUGGACAACGCCUCAUACCACAGCAAAGAAGAAGACAGAACUCCCAAUAUGAGCGCAAAAAAACAGGUUAUGGUCGAAUGGCUCCAAGCCCACAAUAUUGAGUUUUCGGAACACUAUACUAAACCAGAACUAUAUUUACUAAUAAAAAAAAAUAAACCUGAGAAAAAAUAUAAAAUUGAUAGAUUAUUAACUGACCAUGGCCACGAAGUUGUGAGGCUGCCACCGUAUAAUUGCGACCUAAAUCCGAUUGAGUAUAUAUGGCAUCUGGUCAAACAAAGAGUUUCUGACAAGAAUGUGGAACAGUUGGAGAGCAAAAUUGAAUCUUUAACUUUGGAGGCUAUACAGUCAAUUACGCCUGAAGACUGGAAAAAGGAGAUAAAUCAUGUCAAAAGGCUUCAAGAAGAAUACUGGCAAAAAGAUAGAUUAGUAGACGAGUUGUUCAUUAUCAACACUGAAAAUGAUAGUGAAUCAGAGACAACAGAUUCAGAAACCGACUCCGAAUCUGAUAUAGAUUAUAUGAGUGGGCUGUACUUUUUAGUUGCGGGAAAAGGCAAAAGAAUUAUAAUUACCCACAUUGAAAGCGAGGAUGGGUUUGUUGAAGGAGGAUUGAACAUGUUUGAGUCGAAGAAACAAGGGGACUAUCAUAAAGAUAUGAACGCCGAAGAAUUUGAAAAUUGGUUUAGAGAAGUUUUAAAUAAAUUAGACGAUAAGUGUGUUAUAGUUAUGGACAAUGCCUCGUAUUACUCCAGAAAAAUUGAACAAAUACCAACAGAAAAAUUUUUUCAUUGUUGUUAUUUGUUGGUAAAAUGCCGAAAAAAAACGAAAAUGACUGUUUUGAAUUCGCAAUCUCGGGAAUUGGUCGUUCGCUUGAGGGAUUACUUUGAGCGUGAGCGACAAAAUGGUGGUCCACUGGUGCCGAUCGAAACUUUAAAUAAAACUGUAGCAGAAGUUACUGGACUAUCAGAAAAGACUGUAUCUAGAAUUGUACAACAAGGGAAAGCAUUAAAUGACAACGAGAGAUUUAAAUCACCGAGAAAACCAAAACAGGUUCGUAGAAAAAGAGUGGAAAUAGACGAUUUCACAAAAGGAGUGGUAAGAAGAAAAGUCACUCAGUUUUACACAAUUUUCAAAAAAAUACCUACUCUGAAAACUUUGAACGCUGUACUUAGAGAAGAGAAUAUAUUACACUGCGGCAGGGAAUAUUUAAGGCUAUUAUUACAUGAUCUAGGUUUUAAAUUUAAGAAAUGCGGAUCUAAAAGGAAACUCCUUAUCGAACAGCCAAAUAUCACAUCGUGGAGGUGGAAAUACCUAAAUACUAUUAAAAAAUAUCGUAGAGAAGGAAGACAUAUUUUAUACCUUGACGAAACUUAUGUAAACGCGUCUCAUAACGUUUCAAAAUGUUGGCAAUCAAAGGAUGAACUUGGCGUUCUAUCUCAUAUUGGUAAAGGGGACCGUUUGAUCAUCGUACAUUGUGGAGGUCAAAUUGGAUUUGUAGACGGAGCCCUUGUGAUAUUCAAAUCCAAAUGUAAAACAGGUGAUUAUCACGAUUCUAUGAAUUUCGCAAAUUUCAGUAAAUGGAUAAAUGAAAAGCUCAUGCCUAAUAUACCGCAAAAUUCUGUCAUAGUAAUGGACAACGCAGCUUAUCAUUCGGUUCGAGAAGAGAAAAAGCCAACUAUGGCUUCUACCAAGCCAACUAUGCAAGAAUGGCUACGACGACAUAACGUGCCUUUUGAUGAAAAACUUAGAAAGGAUGACUUAUAUAAAUUAAUUAAAAGUAAUUUCACAGAAGAUAUUUACAAAAUUGACGAGGUAUUGAAAAGAAACGGACACGAAGUAUUGCGUUUGCCUCCAUAUCACCCAGACCUGAACCCAAUUGAGUUGGUCUGGGGUGAUAUCAAAGGACAAUUAGCACAAAAAAGUAUCGACUCUAAUUUGGACCAGAAAAAAGAAAUAUUAGAGAGAUUAUUUGCUGAAUAUCCCAAAGAGAAAUGGGAGAAUUGUGUUAAACACGUGAUUAAAAUCGAAGACGAAUAUUGCAAACAUGAUGGAGUCCUAGAUGAAGUUGUUGAUUUUAUUAUUAAUGUGCAAGACGAUUCUGAUGAUUCUGAUGAUGGCUGUUGUGAAAGUGAAGAAUCAAGUUCCAGUGAUAGUGAUAUUAUGGACAUAAGUGAUUGAUUUAUAAUUUUGAUAAAUUUUGCAUAAAUAAAUAUUACAUACAUAACUUUAUUACCUUUUUUUACCUACAUAUCAUACCUAUAUAUCAUAAAAUCACAUUUUUAUCGAAUUGUUUUGUAUGAAAAAUAAAAAUUUGAAAAUAACAAUAAUCGAAAAAUGCUUAUGCUAUUUAAUUCAUGUACGUGGUCUCGUUGAUACCAUGGAGUUAUGGGAUAACAAAAGGAACACGUUGUAUAGUUUACAGUUGUUUCAUUCAAAUUUUGUAUAGCCAUUAUUAUUUUUUUAAUAAAAAUCUUCACCUGUUUGCCGCUAACCACUAUGACGUCACAUAUCUCAAGAAAUGUCCAGUAACAUUUCGCCCCUUGUAUUACACGCUACGCUCGACCGCCGCCCGCACCUCUUUCGUUCCCCUUCGUCGUCAUACCCCCGCGCCCCUGUACUCCGCGGGCGAGGACUCAUU